UCACGCGUAGAAUAUUCAACGAAGUCUUGAUGAUGAUGGCGGAAGAUUGGAAUGAUUGCGCCAAAAGUGAUGUCGAAAUGCAGGAGGCGGUAAACAAAGCGAAGACUUCGAAUUAUGUCGCCAACGCGAUGAUAACUCUUCACACGGUUGUACCGCUUUUUUACGGCAUUGCCAUCGUUUUGGCCAACGUUGAUGUUGCCGAUUAUACGGUCUACGAGUUACCCCACAUUUACAAAGCAGUAGUUCCUUUCAUAAACACGCAAGGCACGUAUACAGUCGUGUUAGUCGUGGAACUGUUACAUCUCAUCUUGUCUAGCUGGGGCAUGGGUAUAAUAAACGCUUUGCUGCUAAUCUUGGUCUUACACGUAGGUGGCCAGAUAAAUAUCCUGUGUUUCUGGCUAGCGAAGCUCAUAUCCCAAGCAAAUACAGGCAAAUCCGUCAUCAUUAUGAUGGAGAAAAUUAUUCGGAAGCAUCAGAAAAUUAUUUACUUCACGAGAAAUAUUGAAAGUUUAUAUACGCUCAUCGCGUUCAUACAAUUUACAUCAAACACGGUGAUGAUUUGCCUAUUAGGAUUUUUAAUCGUAACAGCACUCGGAAAUUCCGACGCAACAGAAAAGAUAAUGAGAGUUAUUUCGUAUUACUGCGUGACAAAUAUCGAAGCGUUCAUAUUCUGCUACGCUGGGGAAUAUCUGAUGAAUCAGAGCAGGGCAAUUGGAUUAGCUGCAUACAAUACCACCUGGUAUGAAUUGGAGCCUAAACAUAGUCGCAUUUUGUUAUUCAUAAUAUUGAGAGCGCAGAAACAGUUGAAGCUCACAGUUGGGAAGAUGACAGACCUUUCGUUACAAUGCUUCGCAACCAUCAUGAAUUCUGCGGGAUCAUACUUAUCGGUCUUAUUGGCAAUGCAAUAAAUACUAGAUUUAUCUCGCCAAUUUUCAACUAAAAUUGAAAAAUA